AUGAUUGAGAAUCCAAUCAAGCGCCGUCCUACACGUAAAAUACGUGUGGGUUCAGUGUAUGUCGGUGGUGAUGCACCGAUCAGUAUUCAAAGUAUGACCAAUACUGAAACCUGUGAUGUCGAUGCAACAGUCGCGCAGAUUCAACGCUGUGCAGAUGUCGGUGCGGACAUUAUGCGGGUAUCGGUACCGACUAUGGAAGCUGCUGAAGCUUUUGGUGAAAUUCGUAAACGUGUCACGGUACCAUUGGUUGCAGAUAUUCAUUUCGAUUAUAAAAUCGCAUUGAAAGUUGCAGACAUGGGUGCAGACUGUUUGCGGAUCAACCCCGGGAAUAUUGGUUCUGAAGCCAAGAUUCGUGAAGUGGUUGCUGCUGCACGUCAUCACGAUAUUUCUAUGCGUAUUGGUGUCAAUGCUGGAUCUUUAGAAAAAGAUAUCCAAAAGAAAUAUGGUGAGCCGACAGGUCAGGCAUUACUUGAAUCUGCAAUGCGUCAUAUCGAUAUAUUGGAUCGUUUAAACUUUCACGAGUUUAAAAUUUCAGUAAAAGCAUCAAAUGUAUUUUUAACAAUGGAUGCUUAUCGUUUAUUAUCUGCACAAAUUGAUAAUCCAUUACAUUUAGGUGUAACGGAAGCUGGGAUCUAUCGUACGGGUUCUGUGAAAUCUGCGAUUGCUUUAGGUGGCUUGCUGUUGGAUGGCAUUGGUGACACCAUGCGUAUUUCAUUGGCGGCUGAGCCUGAAGAAGAAGUAAAAAUUGGUUUUGAUAUUUUAAAAUCCCUGAGCCUUCGUUCAAAUGGGAUUAACUUUAUUGCUUGUCCAAGCUGUUCACGUCAGGAAUUUAACGUGAUCAAAGUGAUGCAGGCUUUAGAGGAGCGUUUAGAAGAUAUUCGUACACCAAUGGAUGUGUCUGUCAUUGGUUGUAAAGUCAACGGUCCGGGUGAAGCAAAAGAAGCUGAUAUUGGUAUAGUCGGUGCAAGUCCGCGCUCACUCGUGUAUCGUAAUGGUGAAAAGAGUCACUUAAUAGAUACAAAUCAGUUGGUUGAUGAAAUCGAAAGCAUGGUUCGUCAACGUGUUCAAGAGCUUGAAAAAGCUAAAGCUAAAGAGAUUAUUCGUUUUAAUGACUUUCUCCCAUCGCAAACACCUGCGUGGAGACGUCUUGAGCAGCAUUUAGCAUCGCUUAUGGAUGCAUACGGUUAUCAGCAAAUCCGUCGUUAUCGCCAGUUUCACCAAUUUGGUGUAGAAACUUUUGGUGUAGCGACACCUGAUCAAGAUGCUGAACUGAUUCUCAUGACUGCGCGUUUAUGGAAACGCAUGGGUGUUGCAGAUAAAGUUCAACUUGAGCUAAAUACCUUGGGCGAGUCUGAUGAACGUGCAGAGUAUCGUGCUGCAUUGGUUGAAUUUCUUACAGCGCAUCACGCUGAUUUGGAUGAAGAUUCGCAACGUCGUUUAACCACCAAUCCAUUGCGAAUUUUAGAUUCGAAAGAUGCACGAACUCAGCAAAUUCUUGAAAAUGCACCUAAGUUGCAUGAUUUCUUAAAAGAAGACAGCUUGAAUCAUUUUGCUCAAUUGCAACAGUAUUUAACUGAUGCAGGCAUUGAGUUUGUCAUCAAUCAAAAACUAGUCCGUGGUUUAGACUAUUACAACAAAACUGUUUUUGAAUGGACAACGACACAUUUAGGUUCUCAAGGAACGGUGUGUGCGGGUGGUCGUUAUGAUGGUUUGGUUGGACAGCUGAAAGGUAAGCCUGAUCAAUCUGUACCAGCAGUUGGUUUUGCCAUGGGCAUGGAACGUUUAUUAUUGCUUCUUGAACAAGUUGAAGACAAUACACCUGUGCGUGAAUGUGAGUUAUUCUUGCUAUCGGAUCCUGCAACACAAGGUCAGGCUUUGGUAUUGGCUGAACAAAUUCGUGAUCAACUUGAAGCUGUAAAUAGUACAAUUCGUUUGAAAACAGGUUCACAGGGUUCAAUGAAGAGUCAAAUGAAGAAGGCAGACCAAUCGGGUGCCAUCUAUGCUUUGAUCUUUGGUGAGCGUGAGGCUGUAGCGCAGCAAGUUUUAGUCAAAGAACUUGCGACAGCAGAACAAUAUGAAAUUAAGGCCACUGAAAUUGUGCCUUUUUUCAUUGAAAAAUUUUCGUCAAAAUAA